GUUUCCACGAGUGAAAUGGCAAGAUGAUCACUAUGUGUGUUUGUAGUGUCAUCGGCGGCAUGCAGUAUGAAACCUAUCUAGAGAAAAUGGGUGCUUUGAAAUAUGUGUUUCUUGCAGUGGCUCAGCCUGGGGGCAGCACAGCGCAGCCACCACAGCAGACCACAGUCAGCCCUCCGCGACCCUGCCAGGACCCGCCACCCCCCCAGGACCCAUCUUUCCGGACGCAGAUCACUCUCCUGAAGGUUCUUCUCUGGUUAGUCCUACUGGGACUGUUUGUGGAACUGGAAUUUGGCUUGGCCUAUUUCGUCCUGUCCUUGUUCUACUGGAUGUAUGUCGGGACACGGGGUCCGGAAGAGAAGAAGGCGGGUGAGAAGAGUGCCUAUUCGGUAUUCAACCCGGGCUGCGAAGCCAUCCAGGGCACCCUGACUGCAGAACAGCUGGAGCGGGAGCUACUGCUCAGACCCCUGAAGGGCACAUAGGGCCCCGUGCCGCUGCCACCAGGCCAAGCUCCACCACAGCCUUCUGAGCCUCAGGCCUGGCCUUGACUCCGCGUGCACAAGACUGAGCUGUGGUGACCCUGCAGCUCUUCGGCGAUCUUCCCCGCAUCAGCUGGGACUUUUCCCUGGGGUUUUGGUGAACCUAAAUCACUGGCUGGAACAAUUUUAUAAACAUGUCAUACUCGAGAGGGGCCUUGUUCGUUUCAUUCAAGAAAGAUGAUUUGAGAGCUCUAAAAGGCAUUGUGGAAAUUAGCUGCUAAAAAUAUCCUGCUAUGUGAAGUCGUGGUUAGGCACAUAAGGGCUGUGUAUUAAAAGUAAAGCUCUCUCUAAGCCUUAUAUAUAUAUAUAUAUGUGUGUGUGUGUAUAAAAUAAAUACAAGUUAUCAUCAAGUUGA